UGUUUCGCUCGGGUUCGUCUUCGUUCUACCGCCAUCACGAGAGAGAGGUUGAUUUACGUCGGUGUUUCUCUCGCGUGAUAGUUACGUUCCAUCGCAAAUCGUACAAAUGAAGAUGGUGGAUAAGAUCGAGAUGAGUCUGGAUGAUAUUAUCAAACAGACCAAAGGGUCUAGGACGCGUGGCGGAGGCGGCGGCGGCGGUGGCGGCGGCAGCAGACGCGGCAGAGGCGCCGGCAGUUCACCCCGUCGAGGAGCACGUCGGGUACAGAGAGCUGGCGGUGGCGUCAUGCGAGGACGCAAUCGCGGUGGUAUUACGCGCAGCUCUCUACCAUAUACGAGGGGCGACGUAAACAGUGCUUGGAAACAUGACAUGUUUGACGGUGUGAAAAAGGUUGGUCGUGGUGCAAUAGGCAAUGCGGGAACAACCAAACUUUUGGUGUCAAAUCUUGAUUUCGGUGUGUCAGAUUCAGACAUACAGGAAUUAUUCAGUGAAUUCGGACCUCUAAAAUCGGCAGCUGUACACUAUGAUAGAUCAGGUCGAUCUCUCGGCUCUGCUGAUGUCAUAUUUGAAAGACGGGCAGAUGCCAUCAAAGCAAUGAAGCAAUACCAUGGAGUACCAUUAGAUGGUCGUGAAAUGAACAUACAAGUAGCUACUUCCGAACUACCAGUCACUUCUGUUCGUGGUGGCGCGAGACUUAGCAGCGUUAAUUAUACACAAAGACCUCAGACGCGUUUUAGGGGAGGAAAUCGUGGUGGCACAGGUUCUGUCAGAGGUCGCGGCAGUGGUCGACGCGGAGGUAGAGGAGGCACUCGACAAGUGAUCAAGACACCUACGGCCGAAGAAUUGGAUGCGGAGCUGGAAGCUUAUGUGAAGGAAGUCAAGUAACAACAUCACAAAACUGCUGUAUUCAGAUUUUGUUCAAUCUGACUAACACAAUACACAUUGUUGCUGUUUCAUCAAGUAUACAUUUAUAAAUACAACCCAAUAUUAAGAUUUAGUGAGAUAAAAGUUAUAAAAGAAAAUUAACUUAGUUUUUAUUUUUGACGAUUCUUUCGAAAAUUGGCGCAGCAAGUUUGACAAAAUUUUGGCGAAAAACACUCGUAGAAGUUUAGUUGAACUUUUUUUUAUUAAACCAAUAAUCACAAUAAUAACAAUAACAAGACAAAGCAAGAAGAUUAAGAAAGAACAUACCUAUGAUUGUAAAGACUGUACGAAUUUGUAUGUACUAUCGUGCGUGUGUGCUCACCAGAUGAAAAAUACAAUGAGAUACAUCUCGAAAA